AUGUCGACCGGGUUGGUAGAUAAAUCGUUCGUCAAUAAUGACGAGUUGUUCUAUCUGAAAUGGAACAACUUUCAGAAGAACGUGAGCACGCAGUUCGAAAAGCUUCGCGAGGAGGACGAUUUGGUGGACAUAACGUUCGCCUGCGAGGGUCGAAUGCUUACCGCGCACAAAUUAGUGCUGUUUGCGUGCAGUCCCUACUUCAAGGAACUUCUGAAGAAAAAUCCCUCCCCGCAUCCAGUGUUUUUCAUGAACGACGUGAAAUACGAUGUUCUGAAGGCUAUUUUACAGUACAUGUAUCUGGGCGAGGUGCACAUCACCAACGAAAACCUAAAGGAGUUCAUCAAAACUGCCGAAGGGUUGCAAAUUCGUGGAUUGAGCAAAGAAAACAACGCGGAUUUGAUAAUCCCAACAGGCCCGGACCAUGGCGUGGCAUGUCUACGCCGGGACGACAAAAAUGAUCAAAUGUUGGACGAAUUUUGUCGAAAGCGGGCGGACGUCACGGAUAUACAAUCAGCCUCGUCUGUGCUCAACAUCAAACGGGUCAAGACAGGGCCGGACGGCUCGAUGACGGGCGGUGCACAGGACGGAAGUGUAUCAAACGUCGAACCGAAGGUGGAAAUGGUAGAGUACUUGGACAGUGAGGCUCCGACACACCAUUCGCCAACGUACUGUAGCAUGGAUAAUUAUUCGGAAAAGAAUAAUCCUCGCAACAACGCGAUGGCGGCGGCACACAUGGGCCCGAUGGGCAACGCUGGUUUCCCACCAUCUGCAGUUCCGCCCGGGGCCGGAGCGGGGGCAAACCAACCCGGUGGUUCCGGUGGACAUGGCCAUGAGCAUAAUGUGCAUGAGUACAAAUCGGAGGACGACAGUAGUUGGAUGGAAAAAUCACUCGACAACAUCUCGGUCAACUCCGAGCAAAGCCUAAAGUACAACAGUGGCAGUGGUGGUGGAGCCGGUAACGGUGGCAGUAGUGGCAAUGGGGGCAGUGACAAGAGCAAGGGACGCACCAGCCGAAACAGCAACCGAUCGGUGGAUGAUAAAGCCAACUGUCUAACGCCCCGGUGUUGUCCGGUGUGUUCACGGCUUUAUUCAAACGUGUCCAAUCUUCGGCAGCACAUGCGGCUGAUACACAAUCCGACUGCAGUCUGCUGUCCCAUCUGCCAGAAGCACUUUAACUCGGAGCUCUACCUGAAACGCCACUACUCGUCGAUACAUUCGAUCAAUCCGAACAGUAGCGGCGAGAACGAUCUCGUGGAUACGAAACCUUCAACCGCCCAGCUGCAGCAACAGCAACAACCUUCGCAACAGCAGCAACAAGGACCACAGCCGACCCCACAGCAGCAACAACAGCAACAGCAACAGCAGCAACAACAGCAAGCUCAGCAGCAAGCUCAACAGCAAGCUCAGCAGCAGGCACCGGCGCCAACAGCAAAUACAUGGAAUCCCUACCACCACCAUGACGCGUCGCAGCUGGUGAAUCCGUUCAUAAAAUAAUUAUCAUUCCAGCGAAAACACCGCGAACAAGCUCAUAGUUCAACUCCCAGUGGCAUUACCAACCGUUGCCAACCUAGCUGCGACACAAGCUUCGAUUGACUCGAAGAGACCGUCAACCAUAGUGUAUGGGAGUGUAUGACCGAUCCAAGCAACUCUUGGAAACCCAGGAAUCCGCGAUGCUUAUGCCAAUGAAAGUGCAAUAAUUGUGUCCAACUUGCAGGUCGAGAAAAGAGAGAAAGAAAUAGCAAAAACAGCUUUAGUUGUUUUCGCUUGACAUGCUGCGGAGAUCGCGAUCGGAAUGUAGUAAAAGCGUAGGGAACCGCAUUGCCAAAUUCUGUAUAAAGCAAACAAAACUGCUAACGAGCAAACAAACAAAACGGUUAAAAUCAUACAUUUAACGACCCUUGGGACUACCAUCGUUCACUGUUCAUAUAACGUUUCUUUGCACAUGGUAUCGGUGCAGAAGUACAUCACUUUGCUGCCCGCCAAUAGAAUGAGAACAAUAGCACAACGGUUUGCUAUUAUUUUUGUUUGAUUGUUUAGCUUCUCGCCUGCUCACAAUAAUUUACGUACAAAACGAAGCUAAGCCAUUUUAUAAUAUUUUAUCAAAAACUACGAUUGUAGCAAAACGCGUGAGGAGAAAUGUCGCCCUUUUCUUAAAAGGUUGAUCUGAACUAUGAUGGUACUGUGUACUUACGCGUAAGCCAAAAAAGGACAGAAGAAUACAAUUUUCCUAAGCUCAAUUUUAUGGGGUGAGAUUGUGUCUAGAAAUGUCUUGGAGUUGAGUGUGAGGUACAGGUGUGAGCUACUUGUGAAAAGACGCCAUUCAAGAACAAAAUCGGCUGCUGGAAUUGUAGAAGUGUUUAAGAAUCCCACCACAGGUGCAAGCGCGCUAGUUAAGUUCUACAUUUGAAGCAAGCAGAACAAAGUAGCAUAUGCGUUUUGCAUAGCUUUUAGCUUUGUUUACCUUUCGUACUUCUGUUGCUGCUGGUGUUCGAUUCAAGAUGCGGAUUGCAUCAAAGGAUACGACUUCAUUGUUGCGGGCUUGACAAAAUGUUUCUAGUUUUUCCAUUCAAUUCCAGCUACAAUGUCUCUUCUUCCUUGGGCAAAACAAAAUAUGUUAUACGUACGUACUACUAACAAACAGUUUAGUGUGAUUAUUGUACAUAUAGAGAGUAUCGAUACAAAACAUGGUAAUGAUAAUAAUUAUAAUAGUGAUAAUGG